AUGGAAAUGAAAGUAUUGCCCAGUCAGUCGGAAAAAUGUUGUUGUUUUUCGGACGAGGAGCAGCUAACAACACCAGGUCGAAGCCGUGAAAGAAUUAUAUCUUUCAUAACCAAUGUCAUGGUAAUAGCUUUGUUGGUAUUUUCUGCAAUCAGCCCAAAGCUUGUAUCCGAUACUGCAGCAAGCGCAUUUGCUCCACGUUUCCGACCUAUCUGCAUUCAUAGAGAUCGUGAAGAAACUGGUUUCGAAGAAUAUAAGUAA